AUGAGUAUAUAUAGAAUCUCAAAUAUACACUACAACGUAACAAGUGGUUACCAGUACCCCAUACCAGACAAGUCGACUCCUGUCUACAUAACUGUUGGAGAUGGAGGGAACCAAGAAGGUCUUGCUGGAAGGUUUAGAGAUCCACAACCAGAAUAUUCUGCAUUCCGAGAAGCGAGCUAUGGGCAUUCGACACUGGAGAUUCAUAACCGGACACAUGCACUUUACCACUGGAACCGCAAUGAUGACGGGAAUAAAAUGGCAACUGACGCAUUUGUAUUGCAUAACCAGUACUGGGGUACAAAUCAUAGAAGGCGAAAACUGAAGAAGCAUUAUGCUAGGAAAUAUAUUGAUCGAGUUGCAGCUUAUUGAAAGCUCAAUAAGGAAUCAGACACCACCAGUAACAAUGACUUGAUAUAAUUUCAACGAGAGGGAGUGCAAAGACUGAGAAAUA